AUGUGCCGCUACCCGAGCAAAAAGUGUUGGCACCCGCGCGCGCUCAAGCGCAACGGCGAGCACCACAACCUGUGCGACUUUCACCGGCAAAAGGCCAACAAGAACCAGCGCCGCCUCGAGCUCAAGCGCAAGGCCCGCGCACAGGGCUCGGCCGACUCGGCGAUGCUGCCGGCGGACAAGAAGCGCCUUCGCUACCACAAAGAGGCGACGCCCGCUCAGAGGCGUCGUGCGCCUCUCAGUGCCCACGUGGCCAUGAAAGAAGAGGCACAGGCCAAGCAGCAGCAGCAGCAGCAACAACAACAACAACAACAGCAACAGCAGCAACAGGAAGAGGAGGCGAACCGAGUGGUGGCGGCCUCUGGGCUCACGAGCUGGUUCCUGCAGGACCUCGUGCUGCUGGACGGCGUGUACGACCGGGCGGGCUUUCAGGUGAAGGAAGAGCUGCCCCUGCCGGCCACGCCGUUUAUUGAGCUCCCACGUCACGUGGACGCAGUGGACGUCGAGACGCUGGCGCACGUGUUGGCAGAUGGACCGAGCGACGCCUGCAAGAGUGUGGAAUACGCGAGCGCAGGGCUCGAGGCGCCAAUGUACGAGGGCAAGACUUCGCCAGUGGACGUGGGCGAGAGCUGGGACACUUUGGACCUCGGGUAUGAUUCGUGGCUGCCCGUGGACCCGCCGAGUGUGACCUUUGACGCGUCGUCGUUCGGCAUGGAGGAAGAUAUGUUUGUGGCCGACGUGUGA